AUGAAAAAAUAAAGAGUGUAGCAAUAAUCGAGAUUUCCAAUGACUGCAAGACCAUUAUAAAAAUUUGAUUUGGAAACAGAAGAAUAAAUAGAAUAGAGAUUCAAUGAAUUCUUGAAUGAAGCUCAAAAUGAAACAAUAAAAUUAGUAACAGUUUAGAAGGGAAAAUAAAGAAGAUUGGCUCUUAAUCAAAACAAGAAGAGAACAAUCAAGGAAAGUUAAAUGGUUGAAUAAUCAUCAUAUGAUGGAGAGAAUCAAUCUCAUGAGGAUGAGAUAAUUGAAUUAGAAACCAAACCCUAAAAGAAAAUUAGUCAAAAGCAUGAGGAAUUUUAUAAAUUUUUUGUGGAUCGAUACUUCCAUAAAUAAGAGGUGAAAUAAUCUGCUUCUACUUAAACUUUAACAAACGAUGUAAACUUUUUAGUUAACAGAUAUGGAGAUUUUUUACAAAAUUCACUAAUGUCUAGUUUAAUUAUUGAUACUCUAAAACACAAGUUCUAGAAUCAAGUUCCUAUGUAUGAUCAUAUUGGAACUGCAUAAAAGAUCUUGCAAUCAUUUAAUGUAUCAGCUGUUACUUUAUGUAACAUGAAAACUCCAGAAGAACGAUAAACCUACUUACUUAAUAGUUUUUAAUAGAAAUGUGAUUCAUUAAUGAAUGAAUGGACUCUUAAAAUAGCAAAGAAAGACAAACAAUUAUUAUAGAUCGAUAAGUAAUUUACUCUCACAAGAAUGAAAAAUCGCAAAGAACAAAAUGAUCUAUUUAAAUGGUUGACCUUAAAAAGUAAAUAUUAGGUUCUCUAAAAAAAGUUAAGAGAAAUGCUUAUGGAAAAAAUUAAUGAAUAUGAAAAUCAAAUUAAAAUAGCAGAAGCCAUUAGCUAAAAUAAAAAGGUUAAUUUAACAGGCAUCGAGACUAUUUAAACUUCGUAAAUUGUAAAAAAUAAUAAUUUCUAUUCUCAAACCAAUACAGACAUAUUUUAAUGGAAUCCUUUACUUGAAUCUAAAUUUCAGAAGGAAAGAUUGAAAGCUCAAUAUACAUACAAUUCAGCAAUUAAUUCGAGCAAUUUCAAUCAAGUCGCUUUUAUGUAGAUAUUUGAUUAAGUAAAAAUUGAAGAUCCUGUUUAUCUACAAAGAGAAGUAAAAAUGUAAAAAUAUAUGAAUGGGGAUUGGUUAACCCCAUAAGAAAUGAAAUUUCUUGCAAAUACUUCAGAACUACUGAAUAAAUGCGUAGAUUAAAAGCAAGUCAAGAAAGUUGUAAUGCAUAUCAAGGAAAGAUAACUCUAUGAUUUAGAAAAUUAUUUAGCAUAAUAAAUCAUUUAGAAUCAUUAAUCACUUAAUUACUAAAUUUAACAAGCUAGAUCAAUAUGGUUAAAAGAACAAACGAAAAUAAGAAAACAAUAAAUCAAGUCACAUGAUUAAUAAAUUUAAGAAUAAAUUAAGCAUGCUAAAACACUAAAAGAGCACGACAAAAAAGUGAAGAAGCUUCAAAGAAUUUGCAAAAAAUUAGAAGAGAAUAUCUCAAUCAAAGAUUAAGUAUAUAGGAACUUCUUUGCUUUAAUUUUUGUUAGGAAAGUAAUCUAGAAGGUUGAGUAUCUUAGAUUCAUUAAAAUGGAAAAAAGUAAUAUGUUUGUUAAAGAAACAUUGGCUGAAUAAGAAAAACUGAGACUUCAUAAAGAAAGAUUAAAAUAACUAUCAAUACCAUAUAAUUACGAAGAAGACAAACGUAGAAAGUAUCAUCCUUCAUCUAAAGUUGGGUUUGUUCCUACUCAAGGUAUGACAGCUGAUGAUUGGGAGAGUUUAGAGGGUCUUAAAUUGGCAGAAAGACUUAAGAUACUUAAGGAGAAAGAAAAUUAAUAUCGAUUAGGAGUAUUAUCAAUAUAAAACAAUAAAAAAGAGAACUUUAUGAAAUUUUAUUCUUCUGGACCUAAUAAAGCUUUUAGGUAAGAUCCCAUUUUUGAUCCUCUUAAUCCUAAUGAUCCUCCUAAGUUGACAGAUAAAGAAUUAAAUUCAAUCAUUAUGAUUCAGAGGGCUAUUCGGAAAAGAAUAGCAUUUAAAAAAUUAAAGGAACUAUAAAGAGCUAUUUUUUCAAAAUAAACUUAGAAUUUAUCAUGA